AUUGUGGCCAGGAUAGAAAGGAAUGCCCUAUAUGUUGUGGCUGCUUUCCAUCAGAUGAAAUUGUUCUGCAUGCAAGCCUGUGUGGUGAAAGUCUACAGGACACUUUGAACUACAGUACAGACAGCUGUGUGCUACGCGAGGGAAGCUUAUCUAUGGCCGACAUGUCUAGUGACGAUGAUGUACUCCAGUGGCUUGCAAGCCAAGUAGAUGCAAGCAAAGAUUUUAAGAUCUGCAUCACCCGGGACAACCUUUUCCAAAGAGGCCUAAUUCAGUGGCAGAGACAGAAGAAGGGCUCACCUGUCAACAAACUCAAUGUGACUUUCAUUGGCGAAGCUGGAAUCGACACUGGAGCAUUAAGCAAAGAAUUUUUGACUGAAAUGAUGCAUGGCAUUGAGAGGCGACUGUUUGAGGGCAGUAGCAAGAAGGGAAAGAGUCCUGUCUACUCGAUUUGUGACCUAGAAAAUGGUUUCUACAGAACUGCAGGAGAAGUGUUUUCUGUCAGCCUAGCUCAGGGUGGCCCAGCACCAUGCUUCUUCAGAAAUUGGUGUUACCAGUUUCUUACAACAGGGGACUUUGAUGCUCUGCAACUGACCAAAGAUGAUGUGGAUGAUCUUGAAUAUGCUUUACUCAUAGAAAGGGUGGAGGCAGCAACUGAUCUGACACAGUUCACAGAUGAAAUCGUGAGUUGUGGUUACACCGGUUUGCUUAAGUUGGACCAAAAGGACAGUAUCAUAAGUAGAGCCAUUGUUCUGCAUGCUACAAUGCGUCUGACUCCCAUGCUUCAGCAAAUUAGAAAUGGGAUGAAGGUCUACAACCUUCUGGAUGUGAUUGGGAAGCAUCAAACUCUCUGCUCAAACCUGUUUGUCCCCAAAAAGGAUGAUGACAGACCGGAUGCUGACUACAUAAUGAGUAUCAUAGUCCCUGAGCUGAGUGAGAAGGGAAGUCCAAGGCAAGCAAGAGAAAAUGCCAUCAUCAACUUCCUCCAGGACUUUCUACAAGACCUGGAAAUCACAGGUCAGAAUGAAGACCAGCAAAUGUGUGAGCCUCUGACCCAAGAGGAGCUGCUAAGUCAAGAAGAGCACUGGAGUCAACAAACACACGUGAGCCUGUCUGUCCCGACAGUGAUGCAGUGGUUAACUGGACAAGGGCACAAGCCCCUUCUUCCAUCAGAGAGGGCAGAUUUUAAAAUAAAUCUAAGAUUUGAACACCACUGUAAUGAAAAAAUGCCAGGUCACAACAUUUGUUUCCCACUUGUAAGUGCCUGCACAAAUACAAUAACUGUUCCUGUUGAACAUAUGAAAACAUACAAGGAGUUCAGAGAUAUAAUGACAGUAGCAAUCAGAAUGGGUAGAGACUUCGGGCGAGUGUAGAGGUCAUGUUUUUUGACCACUGAUGUUUACUUCCCCAAAUCAGGCAGUAUUGUGAAUAUUUUUGGCAUUUUUAAUGGCAUUUUUGUUAAAUCUGUUCAGUGAGCUAUUUAUUAUUCUGUGAGAGUUAACAAAAAAAGAUAGCACAAGUCAAACCAUAAAAAUAGCUCAAUGUUAGUGUUUGGUUCUCCCAUUGCAUUGUUUUUUUUUUUUAAGUUGGGACCACUGCUAACCAUUUAUUUGAAAAAGGUCAUUUAAGAACUCUGUAUUUGCAUUUUGUUUACAGAGCACUGACAAAUGUACAUGUAAUAUAAACCUUGAAAUGUGAUGCUGUUCCUCAAUUCAUCGUUACUUGUACUAUUGAAAAGUUGAAAUUGUUCAGUCUUCCACAUACACAGUUUCAACACGUGUAUGGCAAAUUCAUGACAUUCAAGUGGAAUCAACGUUGUGGGGGUUUACGUUUACUAAAUCGUCAGCAAAAAUUAAGUUGGUUGAUGUC